AUGGAGUCUGCACAUCCCACCACCCAUUCCGAUCGACACUCCCCGAACUUUGCGGAUUCUGCCAUAGAUAUGGAGCUGUCGGACAAGGGGUCCAUAUCCCACAUUCCGGACGUGGACAUCAGGCCGCUGCCAGACCGUCUCACGAGACUGGCUCACUUGGCAACUCAAGAAAACACCCGCUUUUCAGAAGACGACUCGAAUACUCUCCAUCGCUGUCUCGAUACCAUCGAAUCCCUACUCGACCCACGUGCCGCGUUAACACAGGAAAUAUCGAAAUGCCGCCCUCAAAGCGUCCACUCGGGAACCGCAACGACUGUAACUUGUCGUCCAGCUGCUGGUGACCGCGCUGAGCCCGCCAACGAAGCCGGCCAUCCCUAUUUCACAGAUAUUCUCGAACAAGUAACUGCACUCAAUGUCGAACUGACCGAGCGGCGCAAUGAAUCAUUCCGCAUCUAUGAUUUGUUCGGUAUCAAGUGCCGGGCGUUGUCCAGCAGGAUAUCUGAGCUGGAGUCCGAGAUCCACGAGCUACAAGCCGAUAUCCUGGAAAACUCGAUCGAACGUGAAGGACUUCGAGGCACGAUUCACGGACUUGAGGGUUGGGUUGACGGAUGGCAACAAGAGUAUGAGUUGGCUAAGUCGAUUAAAGCCUCCCAGCGCAAUGGAAAGCGGUGGAAGUGCAAAUCCCAAGUGCUGGAGGAUAACGAGAGCGAGCUACUUCUCGACGGCAUAGCUGGGUGGAUGCGUGGUUGGAAGGAUGUCGAUGAAGGUUUUCGUAUUCGGGAGCAGGAACGCCAACGGAGAAGAGAUGAGAGGCAGAAACAGCGUUUCGAUGCAGGCGACCAGGAAAUGGUCUCUCAACAUCAAGAGAGCAUCAAUCAUGGUGAAGGCACUGUUGCAUUGAAUCGUUCGACAAUGCAAGUCGACUCCCCAUUAACGAACACCUGGCAACGCCAUUGCCGUUGA